AUGGCCCCGGCCCGCCGCCCCGCCGGAGCCCGCCUGCUGCUCGUCUGCGCGGGCCUGCUGGCCGCCGCCGCGGGGAGCCGCGCCCUCGAGGAGCCGCCGCCCGGGAACGAGCUGCCCGCGGAGACCGCGGAGCCGACCGCCCGCCCGCCGGAACCCACCACUGAGAAUGUGCACAGCAUCGAUCCCCGGGACACCUGGAUGCUUUUCGUCAGGCAGAGUGACAAGGGUGUCAAUGGCAAGAGACGGAGCAGGACCAAGGCUAAGAAGCCGAAGCUCGGCCUGCCAGGGCCCCCUGGGCCUCCUGGUCCCCAGGGCCCCCCAGGCCCCAUCAUCCUGCCCGAGACACUGCUGAAGGAGUUCCAGCUGCUGCUGAAAGGCGCGGUGCGGCAGCGCGAGCGCGCGGAGCCCGAGCCCUGCGCGCACAGCCCCGCGGAGCCGGCCACCGCGGGGGACAACGACGACGAGGAGGCGGGGGCUGUGCUGGCUCUGCUGGCCGCGCCCCUGGGCGCCGGGAUGCGGGCGCCGCGCGUGGAGGCCGCUUUCCACGGCCGCCUGCGGAGGGACGUGUCGGUGGAGCGGCGCGCGCUGCACGAGCUCGGCGGCUACGACCAGCCCGACGCCGAGGGCGCCUUCCGCCGCGGCCCGGGCCUGAACCUGACCAGCGGCCAGUACGCGGCGCCCGUGGCCGGCUUCUACGCGCUCGCCGCCACACUGCACGUGGCGCUCGCGGAGCCGCCGAGGCGGGGCCCGCCGCGCCCCCGGGACCGCCUGCGUCUGCUCAUCUGCAUCCAGUCCCGGUGCCAGCACAACGCCUCCCUGGAAGCUGUCAUGGGCCUGGAGAGCAGCAGCGAGCUCUUCACCAUCUCUGUAAAUGGUGUCCUGUAUCUGCAGGCAGGGCAGUACACCUCCGUCUUCUUGGACAACGCCAGCGGCUCCUCUCUCACAGUGCGCAGUGGCUCCCACUUCAGUGCUGUCCUUCUGGGUGUGUGAGCGGCUGCCGCAGGCCCCUCCUCUUGCUGGGCAAGUGGAGUGGGGGUCUGAACAGUGUCUAGAGGUGUUGGAGUGGCAGUGGCCACAUGCAGGAGGAAGCCCACAUGGACCUCUGCCAACCCUGGCCACCACAGUUCAGCCCAGAGACUGCCACUACAGGCAGGCCUGUGGAGGUGACGUGCAAGCAGGUGGUCUCUGAACCGGGUGUUAUUUUGGGAUGCCACCUUCUAGAAGGGGAAAAGCCUACAGGCUGUUAUCCUGGGAAUGUUCUACAUACCCAGGAGCACUGCUUUUUCCCCAGCUGUGGACCCAGGCUCCAUCCUGGCCUGUUGGGCAGCUUGCCUGAAUGGCAGUUUCUUUCUGGUGGCCCAGCCCACCUUUUCCAUGUUAGCCUUCUCAUGGACUGCAGGGAGCUCUGGCCGAGGACCCUCCCUGGAGGAGCGUCAUCCUGCACAGGGCUAAGGAGCCGCCAAGGGGAAGCGAGCUGUGUGUCCUCACUGCGCAGAGGGGAGCCCGGGCUGGCAUGGCCAACAGCCUUUUACUCCCCCUUGUUUCCAUCUGGGCUCCCUGAUCCUGCCUGCCGCCCUGCCAACUAGGCCUCCACCUGCCUGUGGACCUCAGGGCGCUGGUUGGCCUGCAGUGACUAUAGAACCUGAGACUCUCGCCAUGGACCCUUAGCACAGCAGCCUCAGGGGCCAGAGGGACGCUGGACAGAGGCUUAUGGGGGGACAUACAGUUUGGGCCCAGCUUCCAGGAGUUGUUUCCACUUCUGAUGUAUGCAAGAUCAACUCACAAGUUCAUCUUGCAAAUUGUCUUUCCAAAUGUGAGCUACUCUCUUCUCCUCUGCAAGUCCUUUCACAGACAAGGCUCUCUUUUACCUUCAAGAGGCCAACAAGAUCUUUUUCUCUAUGCCGCCUGAGGCUCUGACUCCCUGCUAGGAUCCCCUCACCAAAAGAAAGAUCUAGAAUGCCUUUGCAGAUUAGCAACGGCUUAGCCAGCUGACCCAUCACCUGAAUAAGUGAAGCAGAGGCUUCCCCCAGGAUGAUAGCUCCUGCUUCAUGGGGUGGCCCAACCUAGCAGGGCCCAGUGGCUCUGGGAUGAUCUUUCAAAGCAUCUUUUCCACUUGGGUGGCAAUGUGGCUCUACGCACAGACAGAUGGUGCCGAGAAACAGUGGCCUUGGGAAAGCUAGUUUCAAGCCCGCCAUGCUCCUGUGGUAGUGAUGGGACUUGGGGGUUGGGAAGAAUGUUCCCAUGAGGAGACAAAGGGCUGCAGCUUGCCUAUAUGUAGCUUCCCACAUUUCCCCCAAAGUGCAGGACUGCCCCCAGAGUAAGUAAUGAAGACGACAAGGCCUUCAGCAGCUACUUCCAGGGCCCCCACUGCCUGCUGAAGAAACAUUAACCCCAGCUCUUCCCCCACACACAAUGGGCUACAAGGGACCUGUUGCCACAGGACCUCCUUGGGACCACGCUGGCCUGAGGGUGCUCAGGAAUGGGAGAGAAGGGGAUAACGGCCUCAGGAUGAGGUGACCACAGCCAGGCCUGAAUGAUCCCCAGGUCUGGCUUCCAUCCCCACACUCCAGCAUCAAUCUCCCCCAAAGCAGGGCCCUCGAGCGCGAUAAUACACAAACCAACCACUCUGUGCCCCUUGGGCACAGGCCUGGCCCGAUUCUCAGUAGGGCUUGUACCCACCCUACCAGGAAGGACAGGGCUGGCUGGGCCCUGUGUCCCGCACACUUUGAUAAGGGGAGGCAUGGCCACACCUUUCUCUGGAUUUCACUUUGUAUGCAGUGGGCACAAAUAUUUUACAGAAGUUAUCUUUUACCCUUGAAAAAGCCACAUAGCCACAUCUCUUUUAUUUUCUCAAUGUGUGUUCUACAGCAAUUUAUUGAAGAAGUAUUUAUUGUAUAAUAUUGCCAGGUGAAAUAUAUUUAUGUAACUGAC